UCUCGCUGCCUCCCGUCUGCAACAAGGCCUUCUUCACGCAGGGCCUCAACUUUGCCAACACGGCGGUGCAAAUCACCACCUUCAGCAUGAUGAGUUUCAUCUUGAAGAAAGUCAACAAGAACAUCGAGUUCCUCGCGGACCACCGCUCAGACGUGUACACGCCGGACACGAUGGCCGACCUGGUGCAGCAGUACAGAGAGAUGCUCUGCAAGAUUUUGCCCGAUAUGAUGAGCGUCGUUUCAAAGUGGCAGUCGCUCAGCAAGAAGGACAAAGGGGAAGGAAGUCAGACCAACAAGGGAGGGAGCGCACAACGACCGGAUAAAGAGGAGCAAGCCAGCUUAUUAGGUACACGUGAAAAGUAUGAAUGAUUGGCUCUUUGUUGC